UAAAUUUAUUCAGUCAAAUAAAAAAUAUAGUUCGAAAUUUGAAAUUUAUUAUGGAGGAUCCCCGAAACCGAGAGCUAAAAAAGCUCAUUAACUUGUAUUGUGGUCUCCAGCAAGCCACCAAAUUCCAAAUGCAAAGGAUUUUUAUCGAGGAAGUUCGUUUUGAAAAGAGUGUGGCCCGUGGAGAGAGUAACCAUACGAAAUUAGAAAGAUUGGAGAAGAUGAAGGAGUUCCACGAUCUGUUUAAAGAGAGCUUGCGACAACAGAAUAAGCUGACAGUAACCAUUCAACAAUUUCUUGACUUCAAUUCAGAGCUCAAAGACACUAAAUAUUACCAGGAGGCUUCACUUCUCCUGGAACGUCAAAAGGCAGAGGAUCUGAGAAAUCGGAAGCUUCUUUGCCAACAAAUGGAGAAGGGUAAUGCUGCUUUAGAUGAUGCCUUGGAAGCUCCAGACCACUCUUCAAAAGAACUGGAUAUUGUAACCACUCCACCAGCAGAUAGAGAGCCUGGUGCUUCCGAAGUUGCAGAUAACUAACUUUGUUUUGAAUGCAAAAGAAUAAUUGUACGAUUUUAAUUAUAUACAUGUUACAUUCGCUCGAUUAAAA